AUGACAUCAAAUCAUUCUUCAACAAAGGUGCCUUCAUCCCACACCUUGUGGUCUCCUUAUGAUACAGUGAAGGAUGUCGCCGAUGCGUUGGGCGUGACAAACCAACUGAAUGAAGAAGUGGCAAAGAAUCUUGCAAUGGACGUUGAAUAUAGAAUUCAUGAAAUAUUGGAACAGGCAAUGAAAUUUGUCAGACAUGGAAAACGUAAAGUUUUAACAGUUGAAGAUAUCAACAGGGCCAUGAAGGUGCUUAAUCUAGAACCACUUUAUGGAUAUGAUGUCUCCAGGCCAUUAGCUUUUAAGGAAGCUAUGGUGGGACCUGGACAGAAUCUUUAUUACGUGGAUGAUGACGAGGUUGACUUUGAGAAAUUAAUUAAUCAACCCCUACCGAAAGUUCCUCGUUUCGCGUCAGUUACUGCUCACUGGCUUGCAAUUGAAGGUGUACAACCAACAAUUCCACAAAAUCCAACUCCAGCUGAGAUUCGUCAGUUGGCUCCAAGCCAGCGGGGAUCUAUGAGAAAUAUGUUAAGCUUGAAUAAUGAUGAAAUCACCCUUACAACAAAUCCGAAAACCGGAGUUACAACAGCGGAGCAAAGAACGGAAUCAUCAAAGAAAAAACUGGACGUGAAGCCAUUAGUGAAACAUGUUUUAUCCAAGGAACUUCAACUAUACUUUGAUAAGGCUAUUGCAGCUCUUGUUAAUGAAUCAGAUGAGACUUUGAGAGCCGCAACUCUUGAGUCAAUACGUUCUGACCCGGGCCUUCAUCAACUUGUACCAUACUUUAUUCAGUUUAUUGCUGAGACAAUCACACACAACCUACAGAAUAUUGACUUAUUAACAACAAUAUCCAUACAUUCAUGCAUUAAUGCCGUGCGUCUUAACGCUUUUUUGGCAAAAAAUAUAGGACCAACGAAGGGUACACCGGAAGAGCUGAAACAGCACUUUAAGGUGCGUGAACUUUCAGCCUCGAUUUUGGAAAAAAUAAUCGUUGAAUAUGGCUCUUCAUAUAAUACAUUAAAGCCAAGAGUUACAAGGACGCUUUUGCGUGCAUUCUUAAGCAGUACGACAAAAACUUCAGUAGGAACACAAUUUGGUGCCAUUCGAGGCAUGAAAUCGUUGGGACCUGAGGUUAUCAGAAUAAUAUUUGUCGGAAACUUAAAAAAUUGGUCAACGUUGGUGUUGGAUCACUUUCAUAAUGAGGAUCCAAAUAGAAGUCUACUUCUAGAGCAAGCAAUUGAGUGUUUAGGAAUUUUGUCUUCUGAUGGAAAACUUAUGGCAGCAGAUCAUGAUUCUGUAAUUUCUGAAGAUAUGAAAAAGAAGCUAGAGGAAAGGGUCGGCUCAGCAAUUGUCGAAGGUAUUGAAAAACUAGAUAAUGCUUCCGAAGUCUAUUACGGUAUAUUCUUUGGUGAAGUGUAA